AUGAGUAAGGUCAUAAGCCAUCAUAUCCAUGCUCAACACAGUCCCAAAGACUACCUAGACGCCCACAACGAGGCUCGGGCAGCGGUGGGGGUUGGACCCCUCGUUUGGAACAAAAAAGUGGCAAAGUACGCCCGGGCCUAUGCUAACGUACGGUCUAAAGAUUGUGCAAUGAAGCACUCAGAUGGCCCAUAUGGCGAAAACCUAGCGUCAGGGACUCUGAGGGUAAGCGCGAAGGAGGCUGUCAAAAUGUGGGUCGAUGAGAAGCCUUUGUAUGACGUUAAAACUGAUCUUUGUGUGGGAGGAGGGAUGGAAUGCCGGCAUUAUACGCAAGUAGUAUGGCGAAAUUCUCGUUCCGUUGGUUGCGCUCAUGUCUUGUGUCCGACUGGUUGGACAUUUGUUACUUGCAACUAUGAUCCCCCGAGCAAUUAUGUCGGACAACGUGCAUAUUAA